ACAUUGGGGGGCUAGAGGGCAGGCUUCCAGGGAAUAUAAGGGGCAAGACAGCCUGCUCGCUUGUAACACAAGGUCCCUUUACAGAAUUAUCUACGCUCCAGUGGAGCCGCCUAUCCCCGCCCCCCUCCGUCCCUCAGACAACACACAGCAUCCAUCCUCAUGGGCUCACACGCUGCGUGAUCCACAUCACAAACCGACUGAGCGGUGGCUUGGCUGAGCCUCAUGGAGUAGUAGGACUAGUAGUAGGAGAAGGUGGGCUGCUCUCGGCUGCCUUUUGUUACUUUUUCUCCUUCUUCUUUUAUGGAGUCGCGUUUUUUUCUGGAGUAUUCCUGCAUCCCAUCGCGGCUCCUUUGGGCUUGCAAGCCUUUUCAGGUGGAUGCUCGCAGCUUCAGUGAACUGUGGAGAGCAUCCAUAAAACAGAAAACCUCAGUUUAAAUUCACUCGACAGCUCACCGCUCAGUUGAAGUGUCCUUAAGCAUGAGUUUCCUCCUGCUCUGCGACGACAGCGAGUUAAUGCUUGCACUGAUCUUCCUUCAAGCGAAGACGAGGAUAAAUUAGAAAACGGUAUAGAGUGGAAUGAUCCGUAUGGCCGAAGACUUCCGCUACAGAGUGAGCUUCUUUGAAUCUUAAGAGCACAUAGUCUCCUGGCUGGAGACAAGAUGGCAUCCAACAACACUUUACGCAGCUACUCCAUCAUCCCCUGUUUCAUCUUUGUGGAGCUCGUAAUCAUGUCUGGCACAGUGCUGUUGGCCUACUACAUGGAGUGCACGGACCUGUUCAGUGUGCACAUGCAGGGCUUCUUCUGUAACGAUGCCGAGCUGAUGAAGCCGUACCCCGGCACGGAGGAGUCCAGUUUCGUCCCUCCCCUCAUCCUCUACUGCGUGGUUGCUGCUACUCCUACUGUUAUAAUCUUCAUUGGGGAGGUGUCCAUGUACGUGAUGAAAUCAACAAGAGAAGCUCUCCUGGCCCAGGAGAAAACGAUAGUGACAGGAGACUGUUGUUACCUCAAUCCACUUAUUCGCCGCAUCAUACGCUUUAUAGGUGUGUUUGCAUUUGGCCUGUUUGCCACAGACAUCUUCGUCAAUGCAGGCCAGGUAGUGACUGGAGGCCUCUCGCCUUACUUCCUGUCUGUCUGCAAGCCCAAUUACACUGGAACAGAGUGCCGGUUCAAUCACCAGUUUAUCGUCAACGGAAACAUUUGCACUGGAAAUCCCAUUGUUGUAGAGAAUGCUCGCCGGUCCUUCCCAUCAAAGGAUGCUUCACUAAGUGUUUACUCUGCUGUGUACCUGACGAUGUACAUCACCAGCACAAUCAAGACCAAGUCCAGCCGUCUUGCCAAGCCUGUCCUCUGUCUGGGCACGCUCUGUUCAGCCUUCCUCACCGGCCUCAAUCGAGUGUCUGAGUAUCGAAACCACUGCUCGGAUGUUGUGGCUGGAUUUAUACUGGGUUCAGCCAUUGCACUGUUUCUGGGCACCUGUGUUGUGAACAACUUUAAAGGUGUUCAUAAUGCAGCAACUAAACAGAAAACCGAGGAAUACCGUGGUCUGCCAUUGAUGACUUUUCCCCGUGUAGAGAGCCCACUGGAGACCCUCAGUGCGCAGAACCACUCGGCAUCGAUGACGGAGGUCACAUGACUAAGGGGCCAGCACCGGGUCACGUUUGCGUCUCCACAGCACUUCCAGGCACAAUGACGAGGACGCAUGCCACGUGGCACCGAUUGCAUACAACAACAACAAAAAAGAAAUCACUUCAGAUUUAUCUGUUUAAAUCACCUGGAGGACAGAAUACUCCAUGUUUGUAGUGGUUUUUGUUUAACUUGGCUACUCUCUAUUUGACCAGCCAAGACCCACAAAUCUAACCAGUGCGAAAGCGUCACAAAGCCAACUUAAUGUAAGCACAGGUUGUUUUUUUUUCUAGGUAUUUUAAAUCCUUUGAAACAUGGUACAUUUUUUUGUCCUCCACGGUGUGCUGUUCAUAGUUAGCGGAUGGUGUUUUGUACGUUUUUGUAUGAGCGAGUGCCGUAGCCUGACAAUGUCAAACCUGCACACUUCCUGUCAACUGACUCACUGUGUUACAUCACAUCCUGUCAGGUGAAAUGCCUCAUCAAUCACCGCAUCUUAUCCACUCAGUCUGAAAAUUCUGCUAUGGAAAAAAGAACUAUUGAUGUUGUUAUGUGGUGUUUGUCAUUUGUACAGAAAAAAGAGACAAAAACAUUCUUUUUAUUAUCUCUCUGUGCAUUAUUGACCAUUAUGGGGUCAUAUUUUUUAAGGAUUUUUGUUAGUCUGUAUGACUAUUAUAAUCCAUUUGGACCUGUUUGCCUGCUGUGAACCUGAAUAUGUUUUAGUAUCAGUUUAGGUGUUUGGGGGAACAAGUUUUGUCAUUUUUGGAGGAAAUUUAAGGAAGAGUCACUGGCAUCCUCUGAGGCUGAAUAUGGUUUGGCAUCAGUUGAGUUUAGAUGAAAUAUUUGAAAAUGUCAUUACUCAGAAAUCUUACUAGGAGUGUCUUUCACCCCAAUCUCCUGAUUAACUCUGAUGUUGAUAACAAUGUCUCUAAAGCAGUCCAGUGAGUCUUUCAUGUGUCAGAUCUACAUAAAGAUUCCCCUUGCGUGAUUGUUAGAAUUGCUUCUGAACUGAAAUUUUAAUGAAAGACAUUUCAAACAGAUAGAAAGGGUAACAAAACUACACAGCAAUGUUGUUCUGAGUAAAAUGAGGUGAUUGGUGUUUUUCACGUAAACUCGGCCAUUGACUCAAGCUUAACCUUUCCUCCCUGAGGCACCCCUUCCUUUCCCUGACCCAUUAGUGGAUUGUGAUGCAAUUUUGUGAAUUCAUUUCCUAUUGGAAGAUAUGCCCAGCAUGAAGAGAGAACUCGAUAUGUUUUAUAGAUAUUACUCAUUAUCAUUGUGAUUAUAUCUGUCUUUUUCUUUAGGAACAAAAAAAACAUUUCAUCUGAAAUGCUAUAUAUAUUUUUUCUUUGUAUGUCCAAACAUUAAAUAGUCAGUAGCAAAUA